GUUGAUUUAUAUAGCCGCCUUAUCAUCAAGCCAAGACCAAUUUCUCAGAGUCAAAUUUUCUCUGCUUCCUCUCUUCUUCCUCCUCCUCCUAUCUCUAUAAAUCUCACAAUUUAACCAAUCCCUCACCGGCAAAAUCCAAUUCGCCCUCGUCUCAAUGGAAAUGGAGGUGGUGGUGCCAGUGCCGCCGGUGGACUUCAACUUUGAUAGUACUUGUUCUUCCCCUUACAUGACUGCUCCUUCUAGUCCUCAGAGAUUCGGCAACCUCUUCAGUGCUCCCACUAGCCCUUCUCGUGUUUCCACUUUCUACCGUGAGCUUAAUGAUGCUUCUCUUGCCACCAAUUCAUCUUCUUCCGUUCCUUUUGAUUGGGAAGAGAAGCCUGGAACACCCAAAUCAAGAAAUGGAAGUCGGGGAGGCAAUUACAGCAGCAAGAAUGAUCAUAGUCUUGAAGAUUUUGAUGAUGAUGAUGGUGAUGAUGAUUUUGAGUUCAGUUUUAGUGGUCAGUUAGAUAGGACUUCUUUAUCUGCUGAUGAGCUCUUCGAUGGAGGCAAGAUCCGGCCAUUGAAGCCACCGCCUGGUUAUGAUUCUUCAGUAUCUACUGUUUCUUCUCCCAGGUCACCAAGAUCAAGAACUUCACAGAAAAAAGAUUUUGACCCAUUUCAAGCUGCCAUGGAAGAGACGAGAAGAAAGGAAUCAAAACAGCAACAACAUCGAGAAAAACAAAAACAACAGCAGCGUGGAAGAGAAAGAAGCAUCUCUAGUUCUUCUUCUGCUAAGUCUUCAAAUUAUAAACACAAAGGAAGCAGAUCUUUGUCUCCUUUAAGAGUCUCGGACGAUCUCAUGCUCGAUCAAGAGGAGAAUUCCCAGGAUGAAAAAGUUUCAGCUCCGACAAGCAGCAAUCCAAAAUCCUCCUUCACCACUUCAUAUGCAUCCUCUUUCUUGUCAGCUCUAUCAUUUUCAUCGAAAGGUUACAAGAAAUGGAAGCUCAAGGAUUUCUUGCUAUUCAGAAGCGCCUCAGAAGGAAGAGCAACAGGAAAAGAUCCAUUAACAAAAUAUUCAGUCUUGUCCAAAAGAGACAUAGCAGAGGAUGUCAAGAAUUGCAGUUUUCGAUCCACAGACAGUAGCGUGGGCGGCUCCUCCAGAAGAAGAGCUCCUGUGUCGGCUCAUGAAUUACAUUACACUGUGAACAGAGCAGUUUCAGAGGAGAUGAAAAGGAAAACUUUUUUGCCUUACAAGCACGGGCUAUUGGGUUGCUUGGGAUUCAACCCUGGACUGCAUGAGAUCACCAGAGGAGUUGGGUCUUUGACACGUGGAUGAUUCAGAUCCAUUGAUCAGUUUCUCUUAGCCAAGCACAUAGCUCUUUCUUUUUCUUUUUCUUUUUCUUUUCUUUUAUUCAUGAUUCUGAAUUUUAACGUUCAUCUCGACAUAUUUGUUGCUUAGAGUGAAUCAAAUGGUGUGUCACCAUCUAUAUGAUAACAGACAAUUGUGUUAGAAAUACAUAAUCAUUAAGAGAAAAAAAAAAAGACAGAAAUUUAUUA